CUGAGAUUGAUUGAUCCGGGGCCGCCGCGUAGAGAGAUCCGGGCGGCAGGCCGCUGCUCGCCAGGGCUGGGUGCGCCUCCUGUGGGUCCACGCCCGCGCUCCACGCCCGCAGAGCCCACGCUGGCCCGGGCCGGGCGCUCGCGCGCUCGGGGCCGCACUCUGCACUCGCUCACGGUCUUUGUGUCUUCUCUCCCGCCUCCCCUCCCUCCGGCCGCUGCGAUGCUGCUGCGCCCCGUUGCCGUCGCCGACUCGCUCCGCCCGCGGCGCGCUGCUCGCUGCGGCGGUGGCGGCGGCCCGUCUCCGACACGGGCCUGAAGGAGGAAGAAGAGGAAGCGAGGCGCGUCCCCCGGCCCAUGCCGCAGCCACGGCCCCGGACCCGCCACGGCGCCCGCACCGCCGCCCUCGCCGGAGCCCACGAGACCUGCAUGGACGGGCAUGGGCUUGAGAGCAGCACCUUCCUGCGCCGCCGCCUCCGCCGCCGUCUCCGGGGCUGAGCAGCGCCGCCACCCCCGGCUCUGCCCGCCUCCCCUGGCACUGCUGCUGCUCCUGCUGCUCAGCCUUGGACUGCUCCACGCAGGUGACUGCCAACAACCAGCCCAAUGUCGAAUCCAGAAAUGUACCACAGACUUUGUGUCCCUGACUUCACACCUGAACUCUGCCAUUGACGGCUUUGACUCUGAGUUCUGCAAGGCCCUGCGUGCCUAUGCUGGCUGCACCCAGCGAACUUCAAAAGCCUGCCGUGGCAACCUGGUAUACCAUUCUGCUGUACUAGGUAUCAGUGACCUCAUGAGCCAGAGGAACUGUUCCAAGGACGGACCCACAUCCUCUACCAACCCUGAAGUGACCCAUGACCCUUGUAACUAUCACAGCCAUGCGGGAGUCAGAGAACUCAGGGGAGGGGACCAGAACCCUCCUAAUUACCUUUUCUGUGGCUUGUUUGGAGAUCCCCACCUUAGAACUUUCAAGGAUCACUUCCAGACGUGCAAAGUGGAAGGAGCCUGGCCACUCAUAGACAAUAAUUACCUUUCGGUUCAAGUGACGAAUGUGCCCGUGGUCCUUGGAUCCAGUGCUACUGCUACAAAUAAGAUCACGAUCAUCUUCAAAGCCCACCGUGAGUGUACAGAUCAGAAAGUAUACCAAGCUGUGACCGAUGACCUGCCGGCUGCCUUUGUGGAUGGCAGCACCAGCGGUGGGGAUGGUGACGUCAAGAGCCUGCGAAUCGUGGAAAGGGAGAGUGGCCGCUACGUGGAGAUGCACGCCCGCUACAUAGGGACGACGGUGUUUGUGCGGCAGCUGGGUCGCUACCUGACCCUCGCCAUCCGCAUGCCUGAAGACCUGGCCAUGUCCUACGAGGAAAGCCAGGACCUGCAGCUGUGUGUGAAUGGCUGCCCCCUGAGCGAGCGCAUCGACGACGGGCAGGGCCAGGUGUCUGCCAUCCUGGGGCACACCCUGCCUCACACCUCUCUGGCACAGGCCUGGCCCGGCUACACACUGGAGACUGCCAAUGCUCAAUGCCACGAGAAGAUGCCAGUGAAGGACAUCUAUUUCCAGUCCUGUGUCUUCGACCUGCUCACCACUGGUGAUGCCAACUUCACCGCAGCUGCCCACAGCGCCUUGGAGGACGUGGAGGCGCUGCACCCCAGGAAGGAACGCUGGCACAUUUUCCCAAGCAGUGGGCACGAGACGCCCCAAGGAGGCAGCCAUCGGUCUCUCAGUCUAGGACUCACGUGCUUGAUCCUUGUUGUGUUUUUGUAGGGGUUGUCUUUUAUUUUUUUGUCUAUAACAAAAUUUUAAAUAUAUAUUGUCAUAAUAUAUUGAGUAAAAGAGUAUAUAUGUAUAUACCAUGUAUAUGACAGGAUAUUUGUCCUGGGACACCCACCAGAUUGUACAUACUGUGUUUGACUGUUCUCACGUAUGUUGGAUGUAGUGUUCUUUGAUUGUAUCGAUUUUAUUUUGCAGUUUUGUGAAAUGUUUUAUAAUGUCCCUGCCUGGGGACCUGUUAGAAAGCACUUUAUUUUUUAUAUAUUAAAUAUUUAUGUGUGUA